GGCUCGGCGGGAGCGCGGCGGGACGGAGCGGCUGCCGCUGCCGGCGUUGCCUUGAUUCCCGGCGGGAAAGAGGAGACGAGGAGGAGGAAGAGGAAGAAGCAAAAGAAGAAGAGGAAGGCGGGGGUCUUCCCGCUAAGCCGGGCAGGAUGGACAAGUACGACGAUCUGGGUCUGGAAGCCAGCAAGUUCAUCGAGGACCUCAACAUGUACGAGGCCUCCAAGGACGGUCUCUUUCGGGUGGAUAAAGCUGCCGGCAACAACCCCGAGUUCGAGGAGACCAGGCGGGUGUUCGCCACCAAGAUGGCCAAGAUCCACCUCCAGCAGCAGCAGCAGCAGCAGGAGGAGAUGCUGAUGGCCGCGAUGAACGGAGGGGCUGCCGCCUUCCACCCCCCUCGGCCCAACCCGCCGGUGGCGCGGGGUUCGAAGCCGCCCCCUGCCGCCGAGGGGCCGCGAGCGAGGCCCUGCGAGGGAGGAGAGCGGAGCUUCGGGGAGAGCGGCGCACGUGCCGAGGGCCCCGGCAGCCAGGCCGGGCGCCGGGGCUGGGAAGCAGAGCCCGACAGGAUCCCCCGAGUGGGAGGCUCACAGCCUGGCGCGGGGCGCGGGGAGCAGCAGGCUGGGAGCUCCGGCGACCCCCAGCCCUGCCGCGGCGGACAGGAGAACGGCGGCGAGGGCAGGCGAGGUGUCGGGGACCGUGACCCGCUGGCAGCCGGACAGAGGUCCUCCUCCUUUUCAAACGCCUCGGCGGGGCCAGAGGAGCCCCAGCCACAGCAGGGGUCCUCGUCCUUCACAGCACCCUCAGCGCAGCCCACUCGAGGGUUCUCAGGCUCUGCUGAGCCCUGCAGUCCCAGAGCGGGGGGAGAUGGCAACCAGCCGUGGUACCAGGGUGUCUCGCUGUCCUUCCCACCAGGCUCCGCACCUGCUUCUCCCAGUGUGGAAUACCAGCCCGCCGCUGCCUACCCCGGCCCAGCCGGUCACUUUGUGGCCCACGGUCAGAACCACAGGCCCGCCAGCAGCAGCGGGAACCCUGAGCCGGGUUCCUCGCGCCUGGCCUCGCGAGAGAUGGUGGCUCCCAGUGCACCUCAGGUGCUUUUCCCAGAGGCCGUGAGCGGGCCACGGUCAGACUCUGGGCACCUGGAUGGCUCCAGCACAGCAAAGGUGAAGCUGCCCUGCCAGACCCUCCAUCCGCAGCCAGAGCAAGGGCCAUCGGCAGCCGAGCUGAAGCUGGAGGCAUUGACCCAGCGCCUGGAGCAGGAGAUGGAUGCUCGGCCAAAGGCCGAUUACUUUGGUACCUGCGUGAAGUGCAGCAAGGGCGUGUAUGGAGCAAACCAGGCUUGCCAGGCCAUGGGCAACCUCUACCAUGACAGCUGUUUCACCUGUGGAGCCUGCAGUCGAAAACUGAGAGGAAAAGCCUUUUAUUUUGUCAAUGGAAAGGUAUUUUGUGAAGAAGACUUUCUGUAUUCUGGUUUCCAGCAGUCCGCUGACAGGUGUUUCAUUUGUGGUCAUUUGAUAAUGGACAUGAUCCUGCAGGCUCUAGGGAAAUCAUAUCAUCCGGGCUGCUUCCGAUGCGUCAUCUGCAACGAGUGUCUGGACGGUGUGCCAUUCACUGUAGACUCUGAAAACAAAAUCUACUGUGUCAGAGAUUACCACAAAGUUUUAGCUCCAAAGUGUGCAGCAUGUGGACUUCCCAUUCUGCCCUCUGAGGGGUCUGAUGAGACCAUUCGGGUUGUGUCCAUGGACAAGGAUUACCAUGUGGAAUGUUAUCACUGUGAGGACUGUGGGAUGGAACUGAACGAUGAAGAUGGACAUCGCUGUUACCCACUGGAUGAACAUUUGCUUUGUCACUCCUGUCACCUGAAACACAUAGAGAAUGGCACAACCCCAGCUGCUGCCUACCAGCACCACUAUUAGUCAGCGUGGCCAGCAUUGGAAAGCCAGGACACAAGACUUGUUACAUGAUCUCCCACUCCCCACCUUCAGCUGAUUUCCUGUGCAUGUUUCUUGCCAGUCAGCAAUGUUCCCGUCAGAGGAUAUGAGAGAUUUUUGCUGGAUUCACCGAGCUUGUGUGUUUGUGGGUUUCAGCUGCAUCAAACUAUGUCUACUUGACCAAGAAUGUGGCAUGUUACCUAAACCGAUCUGUUUACUUUUACGUGCCUUUUUCUGCCUCCUGAAGAUUCCUCUGGGCUUAUUUUGGAAGAUUCUUCAGUGAAAGCAGGAUUUGCUCUUGUGCCUAUGAAUUCAGAUGGUGCCAUGCGCAAUUAAAAAGGCAGAGGCUGGUUUGCCUGCCUGCCUGCCUGCCGAGGAUGUCCCGUCUACUGGUUCCUGAAAGCACAUUUCAUCAGGUUCCCUGAAUAACACCAACCUAUUAGUACCAGCUUUUUAGACGCUCUCACUUUUUAUUAAUUCUUUAGGAAAAGAAGGGUCUGUGCAAAAUGGCACUCUCAGACCUUUUGGUUUAAUGCCCUGAACUCCAGUAUCAUGUCUGACUGAAAAAGCAUCAACUCUCCAAGCACAAACCAGGCAAUGCUGUCUGGCAGUUGGAGGCCAACAUCCCAUUUCAAACAGAACAAAAACCUGGAACAAGCUAGGCUAAGCUAAUGCAAGGACUUGGGGCCCAGGCUUGUGUGUCAGCAUGACACAUAGGGGCCAGUCUUCUGUGUCAGAGUCUGAACAGUGGAUCAUAUUUGGAAAGGAAAGGUCAGGAUGCUGAAAGUGUGGACAUGGGGGAAAUCCACCCUCAUUCUUGCUUGCAGAGCUCACUUUGGAAAAAAGCUCUCCAUACACAGACAGCUGCCUGAGUUUUCCAGUUUGUCCUCACAGCUCAGCCCUCAGCCUGGCUAUUCCUUUUCAUGGUGUUUACCCAGCACAAAGCCAUUUCACAGUGGUGCUUAUUUAGAGCUCGGGGAGCCAACUUGAGAUUGUUAUGAGGGCUUUGUUACACAGGGAUUUAGAGCCCAGCUCCACAACUCUUACUCAGAUGAGCAUAUUGGCAUAAACAGAUUUGCUCCUAUGAAUAAUAACAGCUUAUCUGAGUAAGGAGUUAGAGAGUUUGGCCCUUACUUUCCAUUCUGCUGAGAAAGCAGGAAGGCAAAUUGUUUCUUUUCUUAACCAUGCCCCGCCCUCCACCACACCCCCAACUUUAUAGUCAAACAAACCUGUUCCCUUCAUAUGUGUUACAUAUAUGAUAGGUGUGCCUGCAGUGCAUGUUCUGUACCUAGAAAAGCUGCACAGCCCGUCAUGUACUGGUACUUUUGUUUAUCAUAAACUUCUUAAUUUAAAGCCUCAGAUGCAAUUGAGGAUCUUAACUACUCUUUCUUUGUGUGGAAAAUUAGUUAAAUCCUGAUGUAUCUAUGCUGGGAUGGAAUGACAUUCUUGAAGAUCUUUUCAGUAUGGAAACAACAAUAAAUUAGCUGAGCCAUAGCACUGGGACUCCCAAAACAUGCCCAUGCUGAAAACCCAUUACAGUUCAACCAAACCUCUUUUCCAAUAGCACAGAUGUAGCUUGAACUUCACUUGAUGUAGUCAGACAACAACAUGUACCCAUCUGGAGCAGCACAAGUGUCAGGUACCAGCAAGUUGUCUGUCUCUGCCUGUGCUAAUAAAUCAUAUUGCCACGGCUGAAAUGUGAAACUGCCCCAGCCUCAGAAGCUUGGUGGGCUUGGCAUGGAGUUUCAUGGUAGCAACUGACCAUCCAGACCUCUGCCCCAUUCAGCUGCAAGUGCUUCCACCCGUUUCCACUGCUCUUCAGCAUGGGGAUGACAGCUCAGGGCUGCAGGCUGGUCCUGCCUUGAAGCCAUCCAGAGCUUUGGUGUAGCAUGGCUCUGCUGCACCAUUUUUCCUGGGGACAUACAUCCCUUCAGUGAGUGACUGAAAGCUCAAGGGAGGGCACUUUACCACUGUGAAAUAAAUCUUCUGAGAGUUUUACCUGUGAUUUUAGAGGAGGUAAAAUUGACCCCAAAUAUGUGAGCCCUCCUAGAGCCUUAAAUUUAGCCACCAAGUGCUGGUUGGGAAAGGUAUGGAAGCUGACACGAAAUGUAAGCAGUGCUGCAUCCAAGCAGAAUGGAUCAAGGGCAACAACAGCCACAGCAGGUCCCAUAGUGCUCUCCCUCCAGUGCAUCUCAUCAGCUUCUGUCCUGCAGCACAGCUAGGCUGGAGCAGGGAGGGGGUGUUCAAGGUGUGACUGUGAUCUUAGGACUGUCUGAAGGGACUGAGCUGGAAAAUAACACCAGCUCGCAAUCCCUAGUAAAUAAUUCAAAUAGUCCUGGGCAGGUGGUUCUGUGCCCUGGGCUGAACCUGGGUUUUUUGAAGUGAGCUGGAAACACUAGCCUUAGUCAUCUGUUGCUGUCUCUGAAUGACCAGCUUCUAUGUAAUUCAUGCUUUCGCUACCUCUUGAUUUUUUUAGAUCAAGCCCUUGUACACAUUUUUUGGCCUUCAUUUUGUGAAGAUCUGAAAACACUAGUGGGACUGGUAUUUUCUUCUUAAACUGCAGUUUAAACUUCUGUCUCACCCUUGCAGCCUUCCCCACAACCUCAAAAUAAGCAGGAGAGGAGCAGAUGAGGAGGACAAUUUUCCUUCAUGGAAAGCCUCAAGCGGGCAGUUUGUGGCAAGAUGUCUUGCAAGACCCCGCUUUGCAUCACCAGGGUGUUUGACCUCUGCUCCCUCUCAGUGUUUUCUUACUCCUGUCAGCCAUCCUGUAUCCCUCAGCACUAAGCAAAUGGAGGCUGCCCUACUUCCAGUUUUGAGGUCCCCUAUAAAUUGUUAAAUGCUAACACUCUCCUUUCCUGUAUUUACAAAGAGCUGGAAGUGACAGUGUGAAGCUCUUGAAAAAGGAGCCUGUGAGCUUGUGGUUUUGAAGAAGCAUCUACUGCACUGCCCUGCACCCCUGUGUGUGCUAGCUUGCACUGCUUCUAUCUCGGGGAAUUUGAAUUCAUUUAAGCUCAGUAUUAUUUCUCCCAGGCUGUGAAUGUUUGAGUCCCUGCUGAUUUUCCCCAGCUUGUCCACAGCUCUGCAGCUGCCUGACAGUGGGUCUGGCACAGGGGCAGGCAGGGCCAUCCUGUAUGGGGGAACCUUCUCCUCCUGACUCUCCACCAGGCAUCUGUGGAGCUGCAAGCCCUCACUGCCUGCCUUCAGGCAGCUUCCCCAAAGGGAAAAAUAGCUUUGGAGCUGGAGGUGUGAGGCUUUGUGUCCUCUGCAGAAGAAUAUAAAAAAAACAUGUUAAGUUCCACUUUUGUCCUGGCUUAUGCACAUUGGGUUUUGCUGUUCACAUGAACUUUGUUGCCUUUUAAUUUAUUAAGAAGCUAUGAAAAGUUAGUCUUGAUUCCUUCCCCAACAAGUUCUUCUGAUUUUAAAGUAGGGGACCCUUGGAAGUCCCAUUGUGCUGUUAAUGAGUACCUCACAUGCAGAUAGCUACUCAAGUGAAUUCCCUGAAGUCUGCUUUCAGGAAUCAGAGCUUAAAAGAUUUUUUCAUUCAGAUAAUGCUGUUAAAUUUCUAUUGCUUAGAAUACAGGAAUUCAUUUAAAUAGAGAUUUCUGCAUAAGAGCAGGGGGAAAGCCCCAGCUGCAGAAGCAGCAGACAUUUUUUGUUAUUUAAAGUCUACGAAGCACCUGUGAUCAAAGAAAUUUGGGAAACUGCCCUGAUGUUAAAACACAGGGAACAGCAGUUUCUAACACUCUGAUAAAGAGCAUUUGAAAAGAUCUGUGCCUCUUCAGUUUCUGAAUUUCAUUUAGGGGCUUUUAAAACAUUUUCCCACUCUUUCAAGGUUUAAAUGCUUUUUUUUUUUUUAUUUUAUAGAUCUUUUUACUGUAAAGUGAAUAGCUGCUUAGUCUGGAAAUGAUUGAGUUUCAUCAGCAAUCAGGUGUGAUGUGGCAGCCUUGAAAGGGGAAAUCUGGGCUUCCAAGAGCUGGCAUGGGUCUGGCUGGCCAUUCCAAAGAAAGGAUUAUCUUCUUUUUGGGAAAAAAAAUCCUGUGUGGGCCUUGACGGCUUGCUAUGUGCUCACUUUUGGGGUGAUGUGUGCAGUUGUGUCUGUGCCCACAGAUGUGUGGCAGGUGCUGCUUGUGGCACACCUGUCUUUCACACCUCUGUGCCAAUGCCAAGUGCUUGUAGAUGCCUUUUAAGCAACUUUCUGUGCAUGAAUGUAACACAUUGACCCAGGCUUCAUCACUGGGAAGUACCCCUGGAGUCAGUACGUGCGGGCAGGAAAGGGCUAUGACCAGAUACACAUCCCUUUCCCCUAUGCUGUGAGUGCCUGUGCCACUGGGAGAAGCUGGGAAGGAGUUUGCAUCUCUCAUCAUCGCCAAGCAUUUCUGUGUUCAUUUUUCUUUUCCAUUUCUGUGUCCUUCUGCUCACUGGCUGCAGUAGCCCUGGCUGUACCUACUGAAGCUGACUGGGCAGACAGACAUCUUCCUGUCACAAUCCCAGAGAGAGCUUGGAACUGCUCACCUGCCCUUUUCCUAAGGAGAAGCAAAACUUUCCUGAGCAAUGAAAUCCUUACCCUGCUUUCUUCCAGGGCAGCCAGAAGUUGAUGUGGCAAUAUGCAUCUGCAGCACACUCAGACAUGACAGGAGACAGGAAGAAACUGUCCCCAUGUGCAAAUACAUGGCAAGGAGUCCUGUAAAGGCAGGAAUGCCCUACAGCCCUGGUAGAAGGAUGACUGGGCUGCAGUUCUGCCAGCACCAACCCUCCUCCCCAAGCAGCAGGUCUGCGGAGCAUGGCCAGGCAGGGACUCAGGCACACACACCUAGGCUUUGGUUUUCUGGAUCUGGAAAGCAGAUCCAGAGCCUGGCUAACGAUACUGAAUGGUACUAAUUAUUUUAUGUUUUCUUCAAAGCUUGGCUCCAGGAGAGAAUAUUUUAGGAUUUGUGCUGGUGUAACUAACCUUAGCCUCCUGUGAACACAGCCCUCUUUUCUUCUGUGCUGUUAAGUAUUUAUAAAGAAUGAAGACCAGUAGCAGAACGAAGCCACUGGCCUGGUGUGGUUUCAGUGAUUAAAGAGAGUAUCCUAAGCAACA